AUGCUUAUGAAAUUAAGAGGAUAAAGAAUUAUUUUUUAUUUGCAUGAGAUAUAUGAGAGUUAAGGUAAUUUGUAUUUCAUAAUGGAAAAAUUGGAUCAUUAACUUUUCGAUGAUUAUUAUCAUGAGGAAAUCUAAUUAAUAGCUUAAGUAAUUCUUCAUUUAUUAAAUUUUAGUAAUUAAUUAUGUUAUUGCGUGAAUUCUAAAAAUUGAAUAUUGUCCACCAUAAUCUCACUUAAAAGCACAUAAUGUUUGAUGAAAAAAAUAUUAUAAAAUUAAUUAGCUUUGGAAACACUUCAAGCAUAAAAGAACAAACCGAUUUUUUUUUUGAUGUGUAUCAAACUGGAGAAAUCCUUCUUGAACUUUACUACAUAAAUCAAGAUUAAUUAUUUUCAAAAUCAACUUAUUUGCCUGAUCAUGCUGUUAAUUUUAUUAUAGGUUUACUUAAUCUAACAGAAUACCGACUAAAUAUCAAUCUUGAGUAAACUCAUCCUUAUUUCAAAUCUUUAAAUGGGGAGAGCUAGUUAGUAAAGAUUAGAUCCCUUCUACCCAAAAGAAAUCUUUCUGAUUUAAAAAAAAAUAAGAAAUAGUAAGAUACUGAUCAAGAUUAAUUAACAAUAUAGAUAUGA